AAUUGACGACGAUCAACAGACGGAGUUGAUCGACAAUCAAUCAUCUGCUUAAAUCAUUAAACCCACUGUCGCCGCCGUCUCUGCGCAGCCGGAACUGAUUUCUCCGGCGUCGAUGUCGCUUUUGAAUCAAAUCUUCAAUAGAGGUCUUAUUGGCCCAAAAUGUAAAACAUGCCUAACAUUGGCGAUCUCACGGAUUAAAUUGCUUCAAAAUAAGAGAGACACACAACUGAAGCUGAUGCGCAAAGAAAUAGCCCAGUUUCUUCAAUCCGGGCAAGAACCGAUUGCUCGAAUACGAGUGGAGCAUGUUAUAAGAGAACAAAAUAUAUGGGCUGCAUACGAGAUCUUGGAGAUGUUCUGCGAGUUUGUUCUCGCACGCGUUCCUAUUAUUGAAAGCCAGCGGGAAUGUCCAUUGGAGUUGAAGGAGGCAGUUGCAAGUAUUAUCUUUGCAGCUCCCAGAUGCUCCGAUUUACCGGAUUUAUUAACCGUUAGAAACUUAUUCGGUACAAAAUACGGGAAAGAGUUCAUAUUAGCUGCUUCUGAGCUUCGCCCCGAUACUAGUGUCAACCGUACAAUAAUUGAGAAACUUUCGGUAUAUACUCCCUCUGGUGAGGUGAAGCUCAACGUCUUGAAAGAAAUCGCCCAAGAGUACAAUAUUUUAUGGGACUCUUCCAAAACCGAAGCUGAAUUUAAUAAAAAGCCCGAGGAUCUUUUGAACGGACCGAAGCAAAUAUCAACAAUGGCUCAAAUCCCCGAGAGCCGUAAAGAAUCCCCAAAAGCUGCACAUCAUGAGCCGUUAACUAGCGGCCAACGAGGCCCGGUUCAACAUCUUAAGACUGGUGCAACCACGGUGUCAGUGGGUCCCACCAAAUCGAAAGAAGUAUCAGCUGAGGGAAGACCGGUUUCUUCAGAGUCGGUUGAUGUUUUGGAGAAAGCUCGAGCUGCUAUUGCUGCUGCUAAUCGUGCGUCGUCUGCUGCUCGAGCUGCUGCUCAGUUGGUUGAUCUUAGUCUUAAUGAGAAAAGAAUAAGCUAAUUUUACUUGAUAAAGUUUAUAGUGUCAAGCUGUGAACUAUCAGUCUGUUUUUACUUUUCUUUUACUUUUACUUUUAUUUUUUGUGUGGUGUUAUUAAUGAGUGUAUUUUAAUUUGUGUAAACUUAAUCUUGUUAAUUACUAAAGAAAUAUUCAACCAAAAGUAUUGGCCCAUUAA